AUAAAGUAAAUAAACAAUACAGAAAUCUAUAUUUCUGAAUCGGCAUCUUCUAUAUUGUUUUACAUUUUAUUAUUAAAACCUUAUACAAUUAUAUUUAGUUGUUACUUAAUCGUUUAGCAAAUAAUGGCGGCAGAUAACUACCGAUUUGCAGAAAGUGAUAGUUUACUAUGUUAUCACGGACCAAUGUUAUAUGAAGCGAAAUGUUUAAAAAGAAGGAAGGCAAAUGAUGGUAAAGCACAAUAUUUUAUUCAUUACAAAGGCUGGAAUAGUAAAUGGGAAGAAUGGGUAGACGACAAUCGAGUAUUGACUGUCAAUACUGCCAAUAUGAACAAAAUGGCAUCAUUAAAAGAAAUACAUUCAAAUACAAAAAAAAGUGGAGCAAAACGUUCUAUCACUAUAGUUAAAGAAGAAACAAUACGGAAUGUUGUAACGCCUCCAAUCAAGGGAAAAAAACGGAAAUAUUCAGAAAUGUCAUCUGAAUUAAAUCAAAUAGUAAAUGUUCCAUCACCAACAGAAUCAAAACCAAAGAAACGAGGCCGUCCUCCUAAAAUUAUUACUCUUAAAACUGAAGAAACUGAUGCAACAAAAUCAGUUGAUACAACUGUAGUAACUGAAACAACUGAAGUAACAGAAUCAGCUGAAACAACUGGAGAAAAUAAAGUGAUUAACAAAGUAACUAAAGAAACUAAAGAAGUAGCUAAAGAAAAAGACAAUGUCAAAAAAGAAAGUAACACCACAAUAGAAGAUGUUGUUAAAAAAGAAGACUCGACUAAAAAAGUACACACUCCUAAAAAAGAAGACACUCCUAAGAAAGAAGAUACUCUUAAAAAAGAAUGUACCCCUAAGAAAGAAGAUACUCCUAAGAAAGAAGACACUCCUAAGAAAGAAGACACUCCUAAGAAAGAAGACAUUUCUAAGAAAGACGACACUCCUAAGAAAGAAUACACUCCUAAAAAAGAAGAUACUCCUAAAAAUGAAAACAUUCCUAACAUAGAUGACACUUCUAUAAAAGAAGACACUCCCAACACAGAUGAAACUCCAAAAAAAGAAAUCGAUCCUAAAAAGGUUGGAGUAACUAAAAUAAUUAAUGAAGUAACCGAAGAAAUUGAAAAAUCCGAAGAAGUUUUAGAUACUGAAAAAAAUGAAGCAAAUGAAGAUAUUGAAGUUACUAAAGAAGUUAAAGAUACCGAAGAAGAAGAAGAAGAAGUAGGAAGAGAAGAAGAGGAGGAGGAGGAAGAAGAAGUAGAAGAUGAUGAUGUUGAAACUACUAAAACAGUAGAUGAAGAAAUUAAAGUACCUGAAGAAGUUGAAAAAGCUACUAAAGAACUUGAAGAAACUAAAUUUGUUGAACCAUGUAAAGGAUCUAAAGAUGUUGAAGGAAUUGAAACAAUCAAAGAAAUUGAAAGAUCUGAAACAGUUGAAAGAACUGAAGACAUUGAAGAAACUGAAACUGAAAAUAUGGAAGAAUUUGAAUCGAUUGAAGGUUCUGAAGAAGAAGAUCUUGAAGCUGAAGAGUUUGAAGCUGAGGAACUUGACGCAUAUGAUGAAACUGAAGAAUUUGAAGAAACUGAUACAGAUGAAGAGAUUGAAACAGAUGAAGAGUCUGAAGAUGAUGAAGAAACUAAAGCUUAUUUAUCGAAGUUAACUGAAGCUUUUUCAAAACUUGUAGAUACUGAAAAGACAGACGAUACAUUUACUGUUCCAGCUCCAGUAAUAAAAAUAAUACCAGUAAUCAAUAUACCAGAUAUCAUAAAAAGAAGAAUUGCUUUUGAUCAUUUUAUGAUUGUGAAAAACAAUAAAGUAAUAAAAUUUUCAAAAACAAUCACUAUCGAAAAUUUGGUACAAGAUUUUAUGAAUUCACUGCCUGAAUCUAUAGAGUCAAUGUUCAAUAUUGGUACAACGAUAAUACAGUAUUUCAAUGUUCUUAUACAUUCACGAUUAUUGUAUCCGCCAGAGAAAGAAAUGGACAUACGUAAUACGGCAAUACAAUUUUUAGACGACAAUACAAAUUUUGGUGAAGAAUACCACUUUAGUAAAAUGUUGUAUCCUCAAAAAAUGUGGCAUUUGGUGUAUGGACCUACAUAUCUACUACGAUUAUUUGUUUUAUUACCUGAAAUUGUAUCAUCCUAUAAUUAUAUUGAGACUGAUAUAGCUAAUGUUAUUGAAAAGUUUGAAGAUUUUAUGAAAUUUAUUGAAAUCAAUUUUGAUCAAUAUUUCUCAAACGUUGAAUAUACUGAUAAUAAAUAAAGAAUUGACUGCGAUGUAUUUAAAGAAAAAAAUAUUACAUUACAAAAUAAUUAAAUAGUUGAUAAAUUAAGAAC